GUAUAUUCUCGUUCCCGUUUUAGGGUUCUUAGGGUUUCCUUUGGUCUCUUACUUAUCUUUCUCUCUCUUCUCUCUGGCUUUGAUCGAAACCGAACCCUUUUUUUUUUUCUUUCUAUGUACUCAAUUAUUGACACAUAUUUUCUUCUUCUUGUUCCCCUUUCGUUUCGUUUUUAUUGUUUUAGCUGAAACACACAGAAAAUAAAAAUAGCGUUUCGAGUUUCAAAUUUUUCGCAUUGGGUUCUCUAUUCUCUUUGAAUCUUUGAUCUUUUGCGUUUUUCUUUUUCUGGGUUUUUCAUUUGCCUUUGUUUUUUGGUGGAUAUGGAUGGUGAUAUUGGUGGAGCUCCCAACACAAAGGAUCUUAGGCAAUUGGGGGAUAUUCCCUCAGGAGGUGCAGUUUUUGAUGCAUCACAAUAUGCAUUUUUUGGUAAAGAUUCUGUCCAAGAAGUUGAGUUGGGAGGGUUAGAAGAUGAUGACUAUUUGCCUGCUUCCGAGUCUAAUGAGGAGGAGUUCUUUCUCAAUAAAGAAGAGGCUGAGGAUGUAAGAUCUCUUUCCGAUAUUGAUGAUCUCAGUACCACUUUUUGGAAUUUAAACAAGGUUGUGAGUGAACCAAGAGGCACAGGAGUUAUUGGUGAACAGGGAUCAAGAGAAAAUUCUACGUCUGAAUGGCCACACAGGGAUGAUGUUCUUAACUGGUUUGACCAGAGUGCUUAUGAUAGUGAAGGUUCUCUGGAUGGCAGAAGACUGACAUCACAGCCUCAUUCUGCUCUUGCCCAUUUACAUGAAUCAAAGCCCUUGUACAGAACAUCUUCAUAUCCUGAGCAGCAAAGGCAGCAGCAACAUCACCUCCAACAUAGCUCUAAUGAAUCAGUUCCUAACUGGUUUGAUCAGCAUUUUUAUGAUACUGAAACUACUCAGGAUGGUAAGCGAUGGUCGUCACAGCCACAUUUGUCCAUCGCACACUUACAAGAAUCAAAGCCGUUGUACAGAACAUCUUUAUAUCCUGACAAGCAACAGGAGUUUCCUCAUUUUUCUAGUGAACCAAUUUUGGUACCAAAUUCUUCGUUUACUUCUUAUCCUCCCCCUGGUGGUAGAUCUCAACAGGCUUCUCCAAGUCAUGGUACAGGUCACUUGAACAUUCCUUAUCAUGCUGGAGGAGCUCAGAUGGCACUAUUGUCACAAAAUCGUUCUCAUUUCUCCAAUUCUGCUCUACAGUUGAGUGGAUUAAACCAUGGGUCACCUUUUGGUGGAAACAUGCGCCAAUUUCCUACUGGUUCCCCUCUUAAUCAGCGAAUGCAGAAUCAAUUGGUCAACCAGGUAGGUUUAUAUCCUGGAGAUUUUCCCAAUAUUUCCUCAGGUUUACCCAUGAUUAACAAAUAUGACCAGAUGCUUGGGCUGAUGGAACUGAGGGAUCAAAUGCCAAAAUCAGUUCAAAUAGGCAGGCAGAAUUUCCGGUUCCCCCCUCAGGGUUUUGAUAUGAGUGGCCAGAAAAGCUAUAGUGGAUGGCCACGAUUUAGGUCUAAGUAUAUGAUGACUGAGGAAAUUGAGAAUAUUCUUAGAAUGCAGCUUGCCGCAACGCAUAGUAAUGAUCCAUAUGUAGAUGAUUAUUACCACCAAGCCUGUCUUGCGAAAAAAUCUUCAGGUGCUAAAUUGAGGCAUCAUUUUUGUCCAAAUCAAAUAAGGGAACUCCCUCUACGAGCCUCUGCUAAUACUGAACCACAUGCUUUUCUUCAGGUUGAUGCUCUAGGGAGGGUUCCAUUUUCAUCAAUUCGCAGGCCCCGUCCUCUAUUGGAGGUUGAUCCUCCAAAUUCCUCUCCUGCUGUUAGCACCGAGCAAAACAUUUCACAGAAGCCCCUUGAACAGGAGCCAAUGCUUGCAGCAAGGGUCACAAUUGAGGAUGGUCUUUGCCUUCUUCUAGAUGUAGAUGAUAUUGACCGUUUCCUACAGUUUAAUCAGCUUCAAGAUGCUGGAAUUCAGUUAAAACGAAAACGUCAAGGUCUUUUGGAAGGACUUGCAGCCUCACUUCAAUUAGUUGACCCACUGGAAAAGAGUGGACAUACAGUUGGGCUUGCUGCAAAAGAUGACCUUGUUUUUCUCAGGAUAGUUUCUCUACCCAAGGGUCGAAAGCUACUCGCAAGGUACCUUCAACUGCUUUUUCCAGGCGGCGAGCUUAUGCGAAUAGUCUGCAUGGCCAUCUUUCGUCAUCUAAGAUUUUUAUUUGGUGGCCUUCCCUCUGACCCAGUUGCAGCAGAAACAGUAAAUAACCUUGCAAGGGUUGUUUCAAAGUGCGUCCGUGAAAUGGAUCUUGGUGCUCUAAGUGCUUGUCUAGCAGCAAUUGUUUGUUCUUCUGAGCAGCCUCCUCUACGUCCGCUUGGAAGCUCUGCUGGAGAUGGGACUUCCCUUAUUUUAGUAUCUGUGCUUGAGAGGGCUACUGAACUUCUAACUGAUCCUCAUGCUGCUAGCAACUAUAAUAUUGCAAACCGUUCACUUUGGCAGGCUUCAUUUGAUGAAUUCUUUGCUCUUCUGACCAAGUAUUGUGUGAAUAAAUAUGAUACUAUCAUCCAAUCAUUCCUUAUUCAAGGGACACCGAAUAUGGCUGUCAUUGGGUCAGAUGCUGCUAGAGCCAUUAGUAGGGAAAUGCCGGUUGAGCUCUUACGUGCAAGUCUACCUCACACUGAUGAUCGCCAGAAAAAAGUAUUACUGGAUUUUGCUCAGCGCUCUAUGCCUGUAGUUGGAUUUAAUGGUAAUUCUGGGGGUAAUGGUGACCAUGUGAACUCAGAGUCAGUGCUUAUGUAAUUAUUGGACGUUCAUCUGAGGAGCUGUUUUCAAAGUAGAAUGACAGUAAAUUUCAUAGGGACAACCUUGUGUGUCUAAGUACUUUGGAGCAGUAUGACGAGGAAGUAUCAGGUGCAGUUUACCUUGGAAGUGUUAGCCUCUUCAUGUUCUGUUAUAUUGCAGUAAUGCCAUGUAGCAUUGUGAUAAAUUUUGAAUCAGGCCCAUUGUGUAUUAUGAUAGACUUGGCUUGAUUUGUUCCUCUUGUCUUUUCUUUUUAUUUUGACAGGGGAUCUUUUUGUUUCUCCGUUUGUGGUUUCUAGAACACUCUAGUGGCUAGUAUUUCCGGGUUUAGGUUUAAGUUUUAUUCCCAUGUUCCUUUUAUAUUAUCAUUCAGGCAUGGGAUUGGUUGUGUCCAUACUCCAUACCCACUUUUAUAGGUAUCACAUGUCCAAAUUGAACUAGUAUUUGUGGGGUUGCACCAAUUUAACUAGUCGACAAGUUGGCAUUGGCAUCCUUUAGAAUAAACUCUGUUAACCUUGUUUCAUGGUGUUAUGGUUUACUUUUCUCUCCUGCCUAUUCCAUUGGUGGAGACUUGUAACUUUGUAUCAUCUCCUGUUUCUCAGUCAAUUGGAUUAUAUUGGUCUUUCUUGUCCCCAAGGUGGUUUGUCUUACACUUGCUAUUAUUAGCCACGAGCAAAAAUGGAAUUGAGUCACUAAAUUAAUGCAAAUGUAGUUCAGAGUAUGCUAUUGUUGGUUCUUGACCCUGUUGUUGACUUCUGGAUUUGGUUGACCCGGUUAUGGUUGUUCAUGGAUUUGGUUGCCGAAUUGUAUUGUGCCAGGUUUGGCAUCUUCUUGGUUUCCUUGUUAGUCUUUUCUAGCAUAUGUCUCAAGCACAUUCGAGCAAAGAAUUGCUAUUUCAAUAUCAUAUCAUACUUUAUGUAUUUGUGGUCUCUUUGAUCAUGUUUACACUUUCCAUAUAAAAAGGAGGGAAAAUUAGAAAGACAUAAAGAAAUGUUCAAAGGCUGAAUGAUAUGAAUUUGAUUUGUUCUUUUGUUUCAUUCUACUA